UGCAGAGACCCAGCAGAAAGUAAUUCCAUGUUUGAUAGCUAAAAAAAACAAUAACAUGGUCAGUAAGAUUUUCAAAAACCAUUUUCAAAACUCUAUUAUAGCAUAUAAAUGAAUCACACAUUCUAAAAGCUACUGUUUCAGUUUAAUCAAAACACCUAAAUGUGUUUUAAACUGUCUGAUGUGGACAUAAAUUUUUGUCAGUAAUAUACAGAGGAAACGCCUCUCGGUGACUCCGGAACAUUCCAGAGUUUGUUGCUGGAAGAGCUAAAGCAGGUUAAGUUAGGCACUGGGCGAUAUUUCAUGGCAUCUUCCCUCUCCUUUGAAAUCAUUGCACACAUCAACAUGCAGUUAAUAUCUCUUAUUUGCCAAACACACUGUAUCUUACAGCCAUCUCUGAUGAUGCUUUGGCCUUUUCUUUAUUCAUUUUAAUAAAAGCUCUCCUGGCGUGUUGAUUUAUGAUGUAAUUUCUUGUACUGUAGCAUAAUUAUGCAUUGGACAAACAGGUAAAAUUGUUUGACACCUUUCUGUGCGAAAGCCUUAAAUAAAUCAAUUACAUCCAUCCUCUUUAUUGCAGUAUCCUGUACUGUGCUGUUAAACUGCCUCAUUUUCGAGGGUGAUGUGUUUUUGAUUAAUUUCUGCACAGUUCUAUACAUUAUGUAAUGUAGUACAAUUAUACAUUUUUUGAAUGUUAAAAGCUGCUUUAUUGUUAUUCCCUGCCUGUGUUACCCACACCUUUUCUCCUCCACGUUGCGCCAUGACUUGUGUGGCCCUCUCUGAUUGAGCUGCUUCUGCCACUUCCGCCUCUGUUCCCUGGAAGCCAUCAGUGAAGCAUUCUGGAUAUCGACAUGCGUGUAAAGGUGCUUGUCAUGUGAACAAAGCUGGUGACUGAGCAGCAAGAGAGCCGGCCCCUAUUGAGCCCCUCCAUUGAUGACUUCCUCUGUGAAACAAAGUGUGACGCGGCCACACGCCCUGUGACGUCCAACACGGCAGUCCUGUCCUCAACCUUGGACUUGCUGGACCUCAGUGAUCCCAACGAGAGGAAAAAUUGCAACGAGAGGAAGAAUCUAAUGGCUAUGAGCGGAGACGGCCCCAAGAGCGCCCCCCACAGGAAGAGACCCGAUGAGACGGAGCUGAUCCAGGUGGACGUAGAACAAAGUGCCACUUGCUGCCAGACACCUGAGAGGAUGGCGCUGGACUCAGUCAAUAAUUCCUGUCCCUUGGAGAAAUGGGAGGAGCUGAACCUCUACCCUGAGAGAAACAGCAGCAGGAAAUGGAAACUGGAAAAAAGGCAUUCAUCAAAAAAUUCCUCAAACGAAUUCCUUUGGUCCUCAGAGUACAAGACUGCAUCAGAGUCAGCCACAAGAAACACAUUUGAAAUUAACGCCAAUGCUGAAGCGGAGCCUUUUCAUUUUUCUCAGGGCCGCUUGAGCAAGGAGCAAAGGUGGGGCAGCACCCUACUGUCCCGAAACCAGUCCUUGGAGGAGGAGUUUGAGCGAGCCAAAGCAGCAGUGGAGUCAGACACGGAGUUCUGGGACAAGAUGCAGGCCGAGUGGGAGGAGCUGGCUCGCAGAAACUGGCUGACGGAGAAUGACCAGGCCCAGAUCCCUUCCAGUGUCUCGCCGCACGAGAAGGGCUACUAUUUCCACACGGAUAACCCGUACAAAGACUGGCCCAACGCGUUUGAGGAUGGGGUGAAGAAGGCUCGCGAGGGGGACCUGCCCAACGCAGUGCUGCUCCUGGAGGCCGCCGUCCUGCAGGACCCACAGGACUCUGAGGCUUGGCAGGUUCUGGGAACCACGCAGGCAGAGAAUGAGAACGAGCAAGCAGCCAUUGUCUCCCUCCAGAGGUGUCUGGAGCUGCACCCCAACAACCUGCAGGCGCUGAUGGCAGUGGCCGUGAGCCUGACCAAUACGGGAAUGCAGCAGGAGGCGUGUGAGGCCCUCCUCAGCUGGCUGCGGCACCACCCCAAGUACAAGUAUCUGCUGAAGGGGAGGAGCCAUGUUGGGGGCUCACCAGGGUCCCAGCGCAAAAUGCUCUCCGCCUCCAGCACGAGCAGUGCCCUGCUGGUAGAUGUGAAGGAGCUCUUUUUGGAGGCUGCCCAGAAGAAUGCAGAUGUGAUCGACCCAGACCUGCAGACCGGCCUGGGUGUGCUCUUCAAUCUCAGCUGCGAGUUUAACAGAGCCGUGGAGGCCUUCAACAAAGCUCUGUCUGUCCGACCACAAGACUACCUGCUGUGGAACCGCCUGGGUGCCACGCUGGCGAACGGGGACCGCAGCGAGGAGGCCGUGGACGCCUACACCAAGGCCCUGGAGCUGCAGCCAGGCUUCAUUAGGUCGCGCUACAACCUGGGCAUCAGCUGCAUCAAUCUGGGGGCCCACAGGGAGGCAGCCAGUAACUUCCUCACAGCCCUUAACUUACAGAGGAAGAGCAAGAGUCGGCAGCUCUCUCACCAGGUCAUGUCUGGCAACAUCUGGGCUGCCCUUAGAAUAGCUCUCUCCAUGAUGGACCGGCCUGAGCUCUUCCAAGCCGCCAGUAUAGGGGACCUGGACCUUCUAAUGAAGGCCUUUAACCUGGACAUGUGAGCAUGGACUCACUGACUGCUACAGAAGCCAAGCAUCCAAAGCUGGAUAUAUAUUUAAAGGAGACAUAUCGAACAAAAAUUUCAUAUUAAACCCAACAGUUUUGCUGAGCACUUUUUCAGUCCUAGAUACGUGCUUCAAGAGAAUAAUUAGUGAUGGAUUUACACUGUUUUCUUGAAGAUCACAAAGACAGGUGGGAAUACAUUAUGCCUUAGAUAAUAGACUAAUAAAGUACAAAAAAAGAAGCUCUUACAAAAAACUGGGCAUUUUGCAAUUCUGACAUUUUAUGACCUGACAUCCAGUUACUUCCAGUGUGCUUUGGUAAUACAGUAAAUGAGUGCAAUUACAUUCUGCCUAUUUAAAUUCCAAUUAUUCUCACUUGGACCGGCAACUUCUUGUGUACACAAGGUGGUCAACAUUUUUACUUCUGUGACCUGUUGAGUGACAGAUUUUUUUUUUACAUCAGAAAGUUAACUCCAUCUCUCUGGGGACAGCAAGCUCCUUCCUCUCCAUCUCUGUACUUCGCAUCUCCGCCAAGAGCCAAAUGAACCAUCUACAGGCCAUUUCCCCAGCCCCCCCCCCAUCUUUGUUUGGAUCAAGUGGGCACCUUAAGCACCUCUGCAACAUCAGGCCAGUUCUUGGCUAAUUUGUUACAUUAAUUACAGUCCAGGCGUUAAGUGGCUCGUUUUUUUCAUAUACUCUUUCCAAAGGAGAGUCUAUCCUAUCAAUCUCACCCUCAGGAGCUCGUGUCUUAGGCCACAGGUUUGGUUGUUUUGUCAGGCAUACAGCUAACGAGAUGGAUGGUGAGCUUGAUGGAUUACAGAGUCACAAGCCGCCGCGCCACAAGGGAUCGCAACCAACCUCUUACUUUCAACAAACUCUUAUCAAGUGUUGAGUAACGGAACUAUAAAUCAGUUUGAAAUGAUCAUAGGUCAUCUCAUGGAACUAACGGUCAAAGGUAUUCUGUACCAAAACAAAAUCGGUUAAUUAAACAAGGACAGAAAUCGUGUUUAGGUUUGUUCACAAUAUAGUAAAACAGUUCAACUUCCAAAACAAAUGAGACACGUGUUGCAAUAUGACUAGAAUGCAAAGUUACUCUACCAUGUUAGAUAUUCUCUGAAAAGGAAAAAAGAACACAGAGCCUAAUUUGUCUGACAGUCACUCACUGGAAUUGGCUAGAUGUAGAAAUGGCUGAAAUAGCAUUUAUUUGUCAGCUUCUAGGUGUUGAAAAUGCAUAUUAGCAAUAGCGUUCCACUUGUAUUUUAAACUGCAUGCCCAGAUGGAGAAGGUAAUAUGUUUGAUUUUAAGAACCUAUGCAAAAGAUCGCAUCAUGGUGGAGUCUUUCAGCUUGAUUCCACUCACCAAAAAGAUUUGAUUUUUUUUCUAAUAAGCUAUCCUAGCAAAUCCUAAAAUGCUUUGCUUUAUUUUUAUAGUUUGUACAUGAAUGUUGAGCAGUCCAGAAGGAGAAGGAAUGGUUUUGUCAGUGUUGCUGGAAUGUAAGUGCUUACUGAUUACUCAUUAUUUAUUGCUCUCUUCCCUGUGUCCCACAAGGUAUGCUGGGUUUGAUUCUGUAUCAACCUUUUUGCUUUAAUUGAGUUGGAUGACUAUCAUUUGAAGUAGUAUUAAAUUGAAUUUGUGCAUUUUCUGAAAACUGUUACAUGUACAGUUUUCUUAAUCAAAUGAACUCCGUGGAAUAAAAAUAUGUAUUAUACUUGAUUUUGUGGAAUCAAGUAUUUACAUAGUUAUUAAAUGAUUGACAAGUCAAUAUUUUUGAAACAUCUUUCAAGUUGUAUUAUUUUAGGUUUAAUUUUUGCAUGAACACUGUACAAACAGUAUAGCAAGUUUGAAAACACAUUUAGUUUAACAUGAUUUACUCUGGGCAAUUUGUUCAGGAGCUCAAUCAAAGCAAAAAGAUGAAUUAAGAGUUUUGCUGGUUCUCAUUCCAGCACAACCUUUCGUCCAGGAGAACCGGAGUCUGUCAGCCUGAUGCAUUACAUUAAUUCUCUGUUAAUGAUGGUCACUGAUGCGAUGUGACAGCAAACGACUUAGCAAUAUGAUUAAAGCAAUUUCUGAGCACUAAAAUAUGGAGGCAGAUUUUAAAGUUGUGCAAACUUUUUUAAAUAAGUGGAGCCUCUAUAUUUUGUAAACUUUUGGUUUGACACAAAAUCUAUGGAUGCAAUUUGAAUGGAUUGGGGUGAGACUAAGAUUUAUGUGGUCUCUCUGAACACCAGUGCUGUUUAACGUCAGCAUGUUGAAUUUAAUAAAUUCAACCUACUUUACAAUGGCCAUUAACAAGUCACUGAAAUGGAAGUCAGCUUGGUGUGAAGGUUUUGGGAUGAAGACCUGAAACAGCCUUGUAUGACAGAUAACCACUGUGGUCAUGUUUAGAAAUCAGAAUGGCAAAGGUGUGUCUUGAUCAUAGAAGAUAUGAGGACCCCCCCCUCCCCCCCAAUCCGCAUCCUUUCCAACUGCAAUAUAAUGUAACUGUAAAUUAAGAACAUUAACUGCAGGACAAAAGCUAUUAAUCAGUAUGUAAGCGAUAUGUGACCAUGUCACAGAAAUGUGAGUAUUGCAUGCCCCUUAGAGUAGAUCAAGCCCCAUCCAGCCCUUCUCUUGCCAGAAGUUUCCGCACCAAUCCGGCAUGUUGCUCUCACUGUGCAUUAAAGAGAAAGGCGUUCCUGCCGACUCGGCCCGUGGACCCUCCGUAAGGCGAAGCGGCCCAGAGACCCACCGUAAGCCGACGCGGUCCGUGGACCCUCCGUAAGGCGAAGCGGCCCAGAGACCCACCGUAAGCCGACGCGGCCCGUGGACCCACCGUAAGCCGACGCGGCCCGUGGACCCUCCGUAAGCCGACCCGGCCCAUGGACCCUCCGUAAGCCGACGCGGCCCAGAGACCCUCCGUAAGCCAACCCGGCCCGUGGACCCUCCGUAAGCCGACGCGGCCCGUGGACCCUCCGUAACACAACGAGGCCCGUGGACCCUCCGUAAGCCGACGCGGCCCGUGGACCCUCCGUAACACAACGAGGCCCGUGGACCCUCCGUAAGCCGACGCGGCCCAGAGACCCUCCGUAAGCCGACCGGGCCCGUGGACCCUCCGUAAGGCGACGCAGCCUGUGGACCCUCCGUAAGCCGACCCGGCCCAGAGACCCUCCGUAAGCCGACCCGGCCCGCGGACCCUCCGUAAGCCAACCCGGCCCAGAGACCCUCCGUAAGCCGACCCGGCCCGCGGACCCUCCGUAACACAACGAGGCCCGUGGACCCUCCGUAAGCCGACGCGGCCCGUGGACCCUCCGUAAGCCGACGCAGCCCGUGGACCCUCCGUAACACAAUGAGGCCCGUGGACCCUCCGUAAGCUGACGCGGCCCAGAGACCCUCCGUAAGCCGACCGGGCCCGUGGACCCUCCGUAAGGCGACGCAGCCCGUGGACCCUCCGUAAGCCGACCCGGCCCGCGGACCCUCCGUAAGCCGACCCGGCCCGCGGACCCCUCCGUAAGCCGACCCGGCCCGCGGACCCUCCGUAAGCCGACGCGGCCCGCGGACCCUCCGUAAGCCGACGCGGCCCAUGGACCCUCCGUAAGCCGACGCGGCCCCUGGACCCUCCGUAAGGCGACGCAGCCCGUGGACCCUCCGUAAGGCGACCCGGCCCAGAGACCCUCCGUAAGCCGACGCGGCCCGUGGACCCUCCGUAAGCCGACGCGGCCCGUGGACCCUCCGUAACACAACGAGGCCCGUGGACCCUCCGUAAGGCGACCCGGCCCAGAGACCCUCCGUAAGCCGACGCGGCCCAGAGACCCUCCGUAAGCCGACCGGGCCCGUGGACCCUCCGUAAGGCGACGCGGCCCAGAGACCCUCCGUAAGCUGAUGCGGCCCAGAGACCCUCCGUAAGCCGACCCGGCCAUGGACCCUACAUAAGUCACUCUCAGAUCUCCCAUGGGCACAUUUAUGAAUAGUUCCUAGAUUUUAAUUUCUAAUAAUAACACAGCAACUGAAAAGAAAGUUAUUUUUUAAAUAUAGAAUUUUAGGCUUAGUUUUGAAUUCUGCUAUAGAAUAGUGAUGUCGAUUUAGAAACCGAAACACCUUUUUUCGUAGAACUUCCCUUAUACUGUCUCAGGUGUGGUAACUUACUUGUAAGCAUGCUCCAAAAAAUUGGGUACCAUGAAGGCCGCAUGCCAGAUGUAUAUUUAUUUUUAAAAUCCAGUUCAUUUAUAAGCAUGGAGUUUCUUUUUUUCUCUUUGUAUACAUAAUAUUUAUCUAUAUCAAAUUAUAAUAUUUCUCAUAAUGCACUUUUGUUCUUUCAGUAUCUGUAUUGAAUUUAUCUAGAAUUAAAACUGCUUUGAUGAACAAAGUACCUAGAUAUAGAAAACUGUAAAAACUUUAUAAUCUGCAUAUAAUGGAUGCUGUUUAUUCUCCCAAGAUACAUCAAAGUUAUAGGUUUCAGGUAUAUUGUAUGGAUAAGAUUUUAAAAUAAAAUGUUGCAAUACAGACAGAUUUUACAUGUAUGUCUUUAGUUGUUUUGAGCUGUUUGUGCCUUUCUUAUUGCAUUUGGCUGUACUUAUGGAAAAUGAUAUGCGUAACUGACUUAUUUGUAUAAUCUAAUGCGGUCUAUUUUCCUGGCCCAUUCACAGGACAGGGCCAUAAAUACCACUGGACUGAUA